CAUUGCCCAGCAAAGAAGGCUCAGUGGUGCAUUUCUCUGUGGUGCAUUUCUUACGCCCCGCCUCUGCUCCUGCACGGACCUUCGAGAAGGCCGAAACAAGCAACAUAGGGUGGCCCCUUUGCAGGCAAGAGUGGCGAUGACAAUUGCCCAAGCUAGGCUCUAACCACCGGUCAAGUAUGGAGAGUGGGGUCGACCCCAUGGGAGUCCUGCCUGCUGAGGCCUCCAUUGACUGGCAGCAGCUGGACAAGGCAAAGUUUCUGUGGCUGGGGACUGUGGCCUCGUCAGCAUUCACAGCCCUGCUGCACCCUGUGUCCCUUGUGAAGACACGGCUGCAGGCGCAGCAGUCUGGGGUGUACCGAAACAGCGCACACGCCGUACGGAAGAUCUUGCAAGCGGAAGGUCCAAAGGGGUUGUAUAGGGGGCUGGGCACAGUCCUGCUAGGCACGGUCCCUGCAGAGAUUGUCUAUGUUGGUCUUCUGGAGAUCACAAAGAGCGGGACGAGACAGACUGCGGAGCAGGGCGGCUGGUCAGACGAGGCGGCUGCAGGGCUGGCCGACAGUUGCGGUGGGCUCGUGGCAGGGGUUGCCACGCAGGGGGUAACAGUUCCGGUCGAAGUGGUUAGCCAGCGGUUGAUGGUCCAGGGGGCCCACUCCUCUGCCUUUUCGAACCGGUACCAGGGAAGCGCCCUUGACAUUACGAGAGCGAUCAUCCGCCAGGAAGGGUUGCGAGGCUUGUACCGGGGAUACGGCCUCUCCGUGUUGGCAGACGCCCCCAGCAGCAUGGUUUGGUGGCUUGCAUACGGGGCGACGCAGCGAGCACUCUGGAGGGCGUUGGGUUAUGGGUCAGGCCGGCGAGGGGAGCCCAGCCCGCAGGAGCUGAUGGGAGUGCAGGCAGCGGCCGGCACUUUUGCAGGGGCCAUUGCGGGGGUGGUCACGACGCCGCUGGACGUCAUCAAAACCAGGCUGCAGGUCCUCGACCAGUCCUCGGGGAAGCAGCCGACCAUUGCGAGCACGUUCCGAAGCCUGCUGCAACAGGACGGCGCGAAAGGCCUGUUUCGAGGGGUGUUCCCGUACUCGGCCUACAUGGCACUGUCGACGGGGGCCAUCAUUGUUGGCUACGAGUACAUAAAACGGACGUGUGUGAAAAGCGACUUGCCGGACCGAGUUUCUAGGAUUGAUGACAGCGAACCUAGUCAAAUCGAAGAAGAUAGUCGUAUUGAUAUUUCCCCGAAGGCUGGAACGUCAAAACAUUCUAGAUAGGUACAAUUGUCCUUGGACUGAGUCUGCAGCAAAUAGAUUGUUCUGGCAGCAAGGCGUAGGUAUCUUGACAAAGUAAUAGGAUAUCGCACGAGCCGCACGCCAACAGGAGUUGUGUACAGGUGAGGCGCCUUCGAUUGGUGGCCACAUGUUCCCAAGAAGAGAUGACUGCGCUAUUUCUGAUGCGAACCGGAAUGGCAAUUUGUAUGACCAAGUGUCACGAGGCGAGCAGGCUUGCUCAUGGGAUCCUUUCAAG